AUGAGUUUUGUUUUCUUGCUAUCCUCUACUUCGAUUGGAUACGCUUCGCUCUCUCGGCUUACAAUUUUCUCACUUGCGGCAUCCGAUUGCUUCGAUUCGGCCAGGCCGGAAAAACAUUCCUGGAUCAUAGUUUAUGAAAGAGAACGCUUAAUGUUUUUGUGGGCGGUGAACAAUGCUGGAACAGCUGUCUUUAAAGAAAUCACAGAAGUAACUGCUGAAGAUUACUCAACAAUUAUGGGCACAAACUUUGAGUCAGCUUACCAUCUAUGUCAGCUGGCACACCCACUUCUCAGGGCAUCAGGGAAGGGUAGCGUUGUCUUCAUCUCUUCUAUUGCUGGUCUCGUAGGCUUGCCACGACUUUCUAUCCAUGCAGCGUCUAAAGGAGCAAUUAAUCAAAUUACAAGGAGCUUGGCUUGCGAGUGGGCAAAGGACAACAUUCGUGUAAAUACGGUGGCGCCAGGAGUUAUUAGUACCUCACUCGCGGAGAAAGUUGCGGUAUUGCACUAUCAUUUUUCUUAA